ACCGCCAUGGCCGUCAAGACCCCCAUUGUCAAAAAGCGCACGAAGCCCUUCAAGCGCCACCAGUCGGAUCGCUACCAUGGUGUGAAGGAGGCCUGGAGAAAACCCAAGGGUAUUGAUAACAGGGUCAGGCGUCGCUUCAAGGGCCAACUGCCCAUGCCAUCGAUCGGUUAUGGUAGCAACAAGAAGACCCGCCACCUUCUUCCCAAUGGCCUGAAGAAGUUCCUCGUGAACAACGUCCGUGAGGUCGACCUCUUGUUAAUGCACAACAAAAGCUACGCCGCCGAGAUUGCGCACAACGUUAGCAGCAGGAACCGGGCUUCGAUUCUUGAGCGGGCGAAGGUUCUCGGUCUGAAGGUGACCAACCCCGCAGCUCGUCUGCGGUCGGAGGAGUAAAUUUACUUUUACUUUCUGCGAUGUCAUCUCCAUUUUGCUACCCCUUGCUACUUUGCUUUCUUUUCACCUCUGGCUUGCCCGCGGCUGCACUCCGACCCAUCGACCCACCCCAUGUAAGACUUCGUCUCCAUACAUAUGCCGACAAAUCAUGACAUAUGCCUCACGCCGACUGUAUGUUAUUGUUCGCUCUCAAUUC